AUGGCCAUCCAAUGGACCAACGAACGCCGCCACGCCCUCCAUCUUCUCUUCAACGAUCUCCCAAACCUCAACGACGACCAAGCCGCCCAAGUCUUCAACCGACUCUUCGGCACCAACGCCACCGCGCAGUACCUACGCAGCCACUACGACAACCGACACGGUCCUCGUCGCAUCGACUGGCGCGCAGAGAUCGACCGCGACGAUGGCAACUACACCCCAGCGCAAGAAGCUACACGCCAGGAUGUUCGCGCCGACAUCUGGAUAGCAAUGGUGCACCUGGGCCUCACGGCGCAGGCAGGCUUCACCGACGUCGGCACGGUGCAGUUCUUUUUCAACCACGCCGUUCCUGCUCGCGUCCUCGCGUUGGGCAACAAUUUAGGUCUUCUCGCUCAACAACCACCACCUGCAGGACCGCCAACGUACCCUGCGCCAAACAUCCACCCGGGCCAGGGUCCGCCACCUCCAUCUGGUGCAGGCCUGCCAGUCCCUCCGCCGAGAAACUUGCGCCCGCGAUAG